AUGGGAAAAAGAGACCCUACUUUGCCCAUUCCCCCUCCAGAAGAACAGUCGAUGAUCCUAGAUGCGCCGGUGUUGACGAAGGAGAUUACGGUUAAAGAGGAACUGGCCGUCGACGUGUCGCAUGAAUGCUCUGAUGACAGCGAAACGCUAUCACCUCGGCGGUCUUCUAGAAAGAUCAAGAAGACUAGUCGCAUCCUCGGCAGGGAUCGAAAGAGGCUGUCGUUCAACGAGGAAGACGAUUCUCCAUUACGAGAGACCCCUCCCCGUCGUGCGAAAGCUAUCGAAGACGAUACGAGAAGGCGGAGAGCAUCCGGAGCCCCAGAUGAAGGAGAAGAGGUCAGAAGACGUCCAGAUCGCACCGAAGGGUAUCAAGGAAGAACCGAACGACUGACUCCUACACGAUCCCCCGCGCAGUGUCCUGCCGCUUCUCAUCCCUCAAACGUUCUGCGUGCGGUGUGGUUGGUGUCCAGCCGAGGCCCACCCUACGAGCCACUCUGUGGGGCGAAUGACGACCAGGCUUCCAAGGCUACGACGAGGACGAUAGACCGUUACAAGCGGAAACGGAAGAUGAGUCGAAAAAUGCGGGAAUCGAUCUAUGGAGAGGACGAUGAUGAGACCCCGCUAUCUUCCCCCAUCGCCAAAUCGAGCCCAAACAAGGCUGAACUUGAUCAGGACCAGGAUGGGGAGCUUCAGAAGUUCUUUGAUGAGAACGUGGAGGCCGAUGACCCCUACGCUCAUCUACUCGACAAUGUGGGCCCGGGCUGGGAGUCGAACGCGUCGGAUGGGGAAGACAUUGUCGUCAUCGGCGAGCAGAAACCGGCUCCGAUUUUCGGCUCUGGCCAGCGAAUUCGGGAUCGGAGAGACUCGACGAACGCGCUAAAGAGGGUCACCCAAUCCAUCGAAAGUCGCGAGCUUAACGGGGACUACUGGAAGCCGGUAGCCACUUCUAGGGAGGAAAGAGCACGACCCUCUGAGGACGAAUCAGAGCAAGACGAGGAAGAGGCCGCCCAAAUCAGGCGCAAAAUCCCGUUCCGAUACAUGCUGGACGAGGAGUUGCCGUAUAAAAUGGAGGAGGAGAUGCCGCGGAAGAAGCGGAUGCACAUUUUGAAAUCGGCAUCCGGGAUUCGGCCACAUUGGAGCAGUUCAGUGAUCACGUCGGCUUUUGGGAAAAUGGGGUUGGAUGAUUCGAGCCGGAAUAGCGUUAAAAACGUGCUAAAAGCCGUCGACCAGAUGCACCGAUGGCGCAGCACUUCGGGUGAAGAGCCAAAGGACGUACUUGACGAUUUGACUAGACCUGCACCAUUUCCGGGACGCCAG